UCCUUUUGCUUAUCAAUGUAUACAAUUCGCACAAUUCGGAUGCAGUCAUAAAAAUACCAACUAUAUUUUAUUACGGAAAUGUCCCGUAAAAGUCAAGACAUUCCAAUACGACCACGCUAUGGCAUACCAGAAUUAACUAACGACGAGAACGAUAGCGAAGUAGAAAGGACAAAGCAAAAGACUAGGAAGGCUUCAUCUAGCACAAUGGAAGCUUCAUCGUACAGUGAAAUUCCUUUCUUGGCACGAUAUCCUGAUACGGAUGCUAGCGCGGCUGAUGUAAUGGCGACAACCAGGACGGCAGAGAAAAUAGAAGGGGAAAGUAGCAUAGAAGAACAUUAUGUGGAUGAUGACGAAGACGAAGAUAAUUCCAAUUCGAAAGAUAGCUCGUACGAGGAUAGUAAGACGCCAAGACGACCCAACUCAUUACAUUGUGAUUCGACUUUCCCUUAUGAGCUGGAAGGUGCUACUAGUGCAGAUGGACAAAUGCGACACUUUGUGGCUGAUAAUCUAGAGGAAAAAAUACGAAAUGAUCAACUGAGUUAUGCUUCGCACAAUAGCACGCCCUCUGGGGCGAAUUUGAGCGGUGGUUUGCUAACACGACGCUUCUUGCAAACGCAGCGACCUCAAAUUGAUGCAAAUGUCCUAAGUGACAUUGAGAUCGAGGCACAAUACUUGGCUGCUUCAGUGGACAAUUUAAUGGAGAAUCUAUGCAAUUUGCUGCAUUCUAUAUCUUCAAUAACAGCAGAUAACGUAGAGGUGCAUAAAAAUGCAGUAAAUAAACUAACCGAUAGUAUGGAUGCUAAUAUCAAAUGUAUGUAUACUAUAAUGGCAAAGACAGAGGAAAUCACAAAGUCGAUGAAGCCAACCGAGCAGUUAGGCCAACGAAUCCGGGAAAUAAAGCGCCUAGUAGAUAUGCUCGAUGGCACUAUGUAGGAUCAACCAUUGGUGGUAAACGGUACUCUACCUAAUCCCGCCUGCCCCCUCAUUUAAUCACAAAAUCGUUCUAAAUAGUAUUAAAAUCAAGCAAAAUAAUUUUGCUAUUUAUUAUAAUUAUUGUUUUACGCCUAGAAUAAAGGAUGUUGCAUGGACACUCAGUA